GACCCUCAGCUUCUGCAGUCCCACUCUCACUCCCUCUCUCACACUUAAGCAUCUGGCAUAACCAUGUGGACUCGGGCUAGCGCACUGCUGCUCCUCGCCUGCUGCCUCUGGGCAGUGGAGGGUCAGAACGAGAACAGCAAUGGCAACACAAGGGCAGGCAAUGGUGGUGGUGCUGCUGCUGCUGCAGAGAACAGGAAGAGUGUCUGGGAGGACCCCAUCCAGUUCAACAACAAGGCAAAGGACUUGUGCACCAUGAGUGUCACCGGCCAGGGAGAUGUCACCAGGCUGAGGAUAUCGUGCCAGGGUGCCGAGAGAACCUACUGGUGCGAGUACACGGGCAAGCCCCAGAUGUGCCGUGCCUACAACAACAACCCUCGCCACUAUUUCACCCAGAUCAUGUGGGACCUAAGGAAACUCCAGAACGCCUGCCAGGCACCCAAGGCUAUCAAGCCUCAGAUGUGCAAGAGGGCACCGGAAGACACCCAGAUGUUGUUCUCCGCUUCCUCCACGCCAGAGGCAGCAUCAGCAGCCACCCCCCAAAAGCCGGAGAAAGCCCAGGAGCCAACCCAGGUGAAACCAGAGACCCCCAAGGCACCGAUCGUCAAGCAGGCUAAGCUAGCCGCAACCAAGCCUGAGGCUAAACCAACAAAACCAGAGCUGGCAAGACCAGAGCAGGCACCUACAAAGCCAGUGCAAUCCAGACCUGUGCAGGCAAAACCAGAGCAGGCAAAACCAGCAGCUGCAAAACCAGCAGGAUCAAAACCAGCAGGAGCAAAACCAGUCAAGCCAGCAGUGAACAAGACACUGAAAAAGCUUCUGACACCCAAACCAACCACUCCAAAACCAACCAAACCCACUGUCAAGAGCAAUGCCAAAAAGAUUGCACAAGAGUAUUGUUGGCGGUCACUCCAAGGCAUCUGUUCCUAUGUCAUUGGUUGGUUUCAGAACUAAUAAUGAAGAUUUAGAUUCCUUGUGAAGAUGACUUCAAAGGUCUGACUAAAGAGGUGCUCAGAGUGGUUUUCCAGAAGAGGACUUUGUUAAUAAAUGUUGGAAGAGAGCUCUAACACCCUCUUAAUGGGAAUGAUCGUACUGACAUUACUGUUAAUCAAACAUCUUUCCAGCCAGCCAUUUCACCAUGAGUUGUGAAUGUUCCAUCGAGACCGAUACCAAUGAAAUAGUAAUUCCAAGGGUCACAAUGACAACUGAAAGCAUCCAUACCUGAAUGUGUGGAUCGGGUAUGGACAGAUAGUUAAAUCCGUCGUCUUUCACAUGGUACUCAUUUCGUCCCCAUUUUAUUUUUAUUUUUUUACAGUUUGGUUUUUGUGUCAGAAAGCACUCUACACAUUUAGACAAACCUAUGGUACCCUAUAAUGGACUCUCCUAAGGCAGAUACGCCAUUGGUUUUGCCUUUUUUUGUAUGUUUGUUUAUGUGUAUGUUUGUAUCACCAUAAACCAUGUAUUGAAUAUACUGUGUUGGGGAAAAACAUGACAAGGUUUUUGUGUCAUUCACAUAGUAGAGAGGCAUAUUCUGCAAACUCUACCACUGGUUCAUUGGACUGAAAUGUCACAAUCAAUGUAUGAAUGUCUGUAUAUAAUGAAUAAAGUGUGUUCUUAGUU